AUGGAAGUGGAUACGGGUGCGGCAGUGUCCAUCAUAUCAGGUGACUUGUACAGAGAGAAACUGAGUCAUAUUCGAUUACGUCACACUCACGUGGUCCUCAAGACGUAUACAGGGGAAGUCAUUCCUCCAGAGGGUGACAUCAAGGUACGUGUUAAGCUUAAUAAACAGAAUGUACACUUACCGUUGUAUGUCGUAAAAGGAAAGGCAGCUCCUCUGUUUGGACGAGAAUGGCUUCGUAGAAUUCGGCUGGACUGGCAUGAGAUCAAAACCGUAAGAGCAGGGCACCAGAUGAACGAAAAGACACUGGAUGGUCUUCUAAAAAAGUAUGACAAGGUAUUCAAGGAGGACCUAGGAACAUUCAACAGUUAUACAGCUAAACUGAAUCUUAAACCAGGAACACAACCAAAGUUUUUCCAAGCACGAGUGGUACCAUAUGCCAUCAGACCGAAAGUGGAGGCAGAAAUCGAGCGUCUGCAAGAACAAGGAGUCAUCUCACCGGUACGAUUCAGCGAAUGGGCAACACCGAUUGUGCCAGUCAUUAAGAAGGGCGGAAAUGUGAGAAUCUGUGGAGAUUUCAAGAUAACUGUGAAUCCAUCUCUGUGUGCAGAACAUUAUCCAUUACCCCGAAUCGAAGAUUUGUUUGCUUCUCUGGCUGGUGGACAACAAUUUAGUAAGCUUGAUCUUUCACAUGCAUACUAGCAGAUUCCUGUACAUGAAGAUUCAAGCAAAUAUCUCACUAUUACGACUCACAAGGGCAUGUUUGUGAACCAUAGAUUACCUUUUGGUAUAACCUCAGCUCCAUCAAUAUUUCAACGUGUCAUGGAACAAGUACUUCAAGGACCGUUCGUUCAUUGUUUCUUGGACGAUAUCCUGAUCACCGGAAAAGAUGACGCGCAUCACUUGUUGAAUCUGGAGGCAGUGCUGAGUCGACUGGAAAAAUUUGGACUUCGUGUUAAACGUGAGAAGAGUGAGUUUUUCAAAAGUUCACUGGAAUAUUUAGGACAUCUGAUUGAUGCAACAGGACUUCACAAAGCUUCUGACAAACUUCGGGCUAUUGCGGAAGCACCAGCCCCCGUCAAUGUUAGCCAACUACGAUCAUUCCUGGGAUUGGUUAAUUUUUAUGCAAGAUUUGUGCCAAAUCUGUCUACAGUUCUACAUCCUCUAAAUGCAAUGCUUCAUAAAGACGUAAAAUGGAGAUGGUCAUUAGAAUGUGAAAAAGCAUUUCAGACUGCCAAAACGGAGUUGUUAACACCCAAGGUACUCACACAUUAUGAUCCAAGACUUCCAGUUCGCGUGGCUUGUGAUGCUUCGCCCUAUGGCGUGGGAGCUGUACUUUCACACAAGAUGCCAGAUGGCCAGGAGAGGCCUAUAGCGUUCGCGUCUCGAACCCUGAGUAAAGCUGAACAAAAUUAUGCACAACUGGAACGAGAAGCAUUAGGAAUUAUUUUUGGAAUAAGGAAGUUUCACACUUACUUAUAUGGACGUACUUUCACCUUGAUAACAGACCAUCGUCCCCUCACCACCAUACUUCACCCAAAUAAAGCGACUCCAUCUAUGGCUGUGGCAAGACUACAGAGGUGGGCUCUCUUACUGGCUGCUCACAAUUAUACAAUCCAGUAUAGAAGUGCGAAUGACCAUGGAAACGCGGAUGGACUAUCUCGACUGCCACUGCCGGUGCAACACAAAGACAAGAAAGAUGCAGUGGAGGUUUUCCUCAUUAAACAAGUGGAUGCACUUCCUGUGUGUAGUAGCGAUAUCAGGAAAGAAACACGAACAGAUCAGAUUCUUUCUCGAGUGAAAGAAAUGGUAUUCACAGGGUUAUUUCCAUCCAGCAAGAGUUCAGAAGAUGUACUGAAACCUUAUAUCACAAGGAAGGAGGAACUAUCAUUGAUGCAGGAUUGUUUGAUGUGGGGACAGCGAGUGAUCGUUCCAGUGAAUCUGAGACAACGUGUACUAGACGAGUUACACAUAGGACAUCCGGGUGUAGUAAGAAUGAAGGCUGUAGCACGUAGUUACAUCUGGUGGCCUAACAUCGACUCUCAAAUUGAGGAGAAAGCUAAAACCUGUUUGUCAUGUCAGAAGAACCAAAAAGCUCCAUGUCUCUCACCAUUACAUCCCUGGGCAUGGCCAGAAGUUCCAUGGCAGCGAAUCCACAUUGACUUCGCGGGGCCAUUUGAAGGACGAAUGUUUCUGAUAAUUGUAGACACACACUCGAAAUGGCCCGAAGUGUAUGUGAUGGAUUCUACAACAUCUGCUAAAACCAUUCAAGUUCUGCGUCGACUGUUCAGUCGCUAUGGGAUUCCAGAGACCUUGGUCAGUGACAAUGGUCCGCAAUUUACAUCCGAGGAAUUUGGAGUGUUCCUCAAAGCAAAUGGUGUGAAACAUAUACGCUCGGCACCAUUUCACCCAGCCACCAAUGGCCUGGCUGAACGAUUUGUACAGACUUUUAAAAAUGCACUGAAGGUAUCCAAAGACAGAAUACCACUACAGCAGAGUUUAGAUUCUUUCUUACUCCAGUACAGGAACACACCACAUAGUACAACGAAAGAAACACCGGCUAUGUUAUUUUUCCAUCGCAGACUGAGGACAAGGAUGGAUCUACUGAAACCAAGUGUGGAGCAGAUUGUGAAAAGGGCACAACAAGUUCAAUGUUCUUACCAUUCCAGGCAUGCCAAACACAGAGACUUUCAUAUUGGUGAUUCAGUGCUGGUCAGAGAUUAUCGGCGAGGAGAGGACAAGUGGAAAGCUGGUACGAUAUCUUCUCAGUCGGGACCAGUUUCGUACUCUGUUCAGGUGGACAACUCCCAAAAUUGGAAAAGACAUACGGAUCAAAUGUUAAACUGCCACCAUAAAAUCACAGAGGAGAUGGAAAGCUGGUCGGCAGAGAACAGUAUGUCACAAACACCUGAUGACAGGACACAAGAACUGUUGGUAACAUCUAAUGACACUGAAGAGAAGGCUGUGGAUCAACAAGUAACCAAGAUUGCUGAACCGUCGAUUCCUGAUUCUCCUAAUGUUAGGAGAUUCUCUGUGAGGAACCGUAAACCACCUAAUAGACUGGAUUUAUAA